AUGCAGCUCACUCUUUUGACACAGGUUCAGGCAAGGCAAUCCGUCCCUCCUCCUGUACCAAUGUCCGGGCCCCUUGCCCCUGCCAUCCAGCCAAACCUGGAAAUUGCAGCAUCUGUGGACAACCUUGCACGGAGAAUGGAAGGCCUCGAAAAAGAGCUGUCGACACUGAAGCGGCCAAGGAAUGACGGCGAGGACGACAACGAUGAUGGUGAUGUAGAACCAGAUGAUGAGAACCGACCUCAUCCACAUCCUACACACCGACGUGCAACUCGAAAGAAGCAGAAGAAGGAGCCAAAAUAUAUCCUGAACAUCCCCAAAGGAGAGCUUGAGAUUGGUGAAGAGCAGGAUCAAGACAUAGACAAGGAUGAUGCAGCCGAACCUCCAAAGAUGGCAUUCAACUUCCAAGGUAAUGCUUCGAGUGAAGCUAACUCAGCUGUCUUCAUGCAAGCUGCGAACGUAGUCUGGAAGGAACAGCAAGACAAGGAAACUUGUGCGCUGCGAUACAAAGAUGUGCGCUAUACUCAUGGCGAUCUUGUGGCAUUCGCAAAGUCCAAGUUCAGGUCCUACAAGCGCAAGUACAUUGAAAAGACCGAUGAAGAGAAAGCCGCAAAACAUCGCCAGUUCAACACUGCUAACAAGCGCCUACGUCAUCAAGAGCAUGCAGUCGAAGAGUACAAAGCCCGGAAUGAAAAAGACCCCACAGAUCUUCUACAACCUGAGUAUAUGUCAGAACAAGCAUCAGAGGUCGAUACAGAUGACGAGGAAAAGAGGAAAGAUAGGCAGAAGGAGCUAUACCAAGCGGCCAAACUAACUGAGCGUGAAGUUCACGCAGGUAUUCCUGUGACGAAAAUCUUGGAUGAGCUAGAUUCAAUUAGGGACGAACAGCACAAAGAGUCCAAAUGCAAAACAGCACUCACCAGACGUGUCAAUCUUGGCAACAAAAGCAACACCCCACCGUCACUCGCUAUCUUUCCUUUCAUGUUGGACGUCAGGUGGCACAAAGAACACCAGGCCGCAAAUCCAGGUUCAGGACUAGUCGAGAUCUAUGAGAACAUCCCAGAUGGUUUUGGAUGA